GAACGGCCCUGCGAGUUUAAACCCGGAAAUCCAAGAUAAGGAAACGUGUUUGCGUUCCACGUGGUGUCAUGGCUGAUGUUCUAGCAGACGUGCCCCAAAACUGCCCGGGGACUAGUAGCAGCGAAGCUGGGAAAGGCACGGCAUGCCAGGGGUGUCCCAAUCAGUCACUAUGUGCAUCGGGGGCAAAUUCUGCACCGGAUCCAGCGAUAGAAGAAGUGAAAGAAAAAUUAUCUACUGUGAAACAUAAGUUAUUGGUUCUAUCCGGAAAAGGUGGUGUUGGAAAAAGCACUUUUAGUGCUCAACUGGCAUAUGGUUUGGCUGAGGACGAAGACAAACAGAUUGCUUUACUUGAUGUGGAUUUAUGCGGACCUUCCAUUCCAAAAAUGAUGGGCCUAGAAAAUGAACAGGUACAUCAUAGUGGCUCUGGUUGGUCUCCUGUUUAUGUAGAAGAUAAUCUGGCUGUGAUGUCAAUUGGCUUUUUGAUUAACAGCCCCGAUGAUGCAAUCAUAUGGCGAGGCCCCAAAAAGAAUGGAAUGAUCAAGCAGUUCUUACGAGAUGUGGACUGGGGUGAAGUGGAUUAUUUGAUAGUGGAUACACCACCUGGUACAUCUGACGAACAUCUCUCUGUGGUGCAGUAUCUGAGCACAGCAUGCAUAGAUGGGGCUGUUAUUAUUACAACUCCUCAGGAAGUGUCCCUUCAGGAUGUUCGCAAAGAAAUCAAUUUCUGCCGUAAAGUGAAUGUGCCAAUUAUUGGCAUUGUGGAAAACAUGAGUGGAUUCAUUUGCCCAAAAUGCAAGAACAAAUCACUGAUUUUCCCACCAACAACUGGAGGAUCAGAGAAGAUGUGUAAUGAUCUUGGUAUUCCUCUGCUAGGUAGUAUUCCUUUGGAUGAAGCAAUAGGAAGGACCUGUGAUUCGGGAAAGUCUUUUUUGACCAAUGUUUCGGAUUCACCAGCAGUCAUUUCAUACAGAAAAAUUAUACAACGAAUACAAGAAUUUUGUGACCAGAAGAACAGAUGAGAAAAUGAACUUUGUGUAAUCUGCAACCAAAUGAAUUGAUCACUGGUCAUAUAUUUUAUAUGGCCAUAACCUGUAGGCAUAUGAAGCAAGAAUUGAUAUUUAAAACAUGCAAUUCAAUUUUUAAUUAAUAAAUUGUCCUUGAACUUAGUUUUUCAUGGAAUACAAAGAAUAAA